AUGAAUGUUCGCCUCUUUCUCCCUCUCCUAGGCCUGCUUCUGGGGGCCCGCUCGCAAGAAUGCACCCCGCCGGACGGGCAGAUUUACUUCAACAUCACGGGACAGGAUUCCAUCGAUGCUUUGUCGUCGUCGUGCACGACGCUAGUCGGGCCGGUGUCGGUCGCGAGUAACUUCAGCGGGGAGUUUGUGCUGCCGAAAAUCACCAACAUGACGAACGAGUUUUCGGUGACGUCGAAGUUCAGCCCGAACGUGGCGGUCAUCGAUCUGCCGGACCUUGAAUACAUGGGGAGCACCUUUCGACUGGGAUCCGUGGCUGAGACGCUGGAACGGAUCUCGGUCCCGAAAGUCGAAUCCCUGCAGUCGUUGUCACUGUAUCAGUAUCGUGACAACGCGACGGUGGAUUUCAGAUCGUUGAGGACGCUGAAGGAUUUGUACAUCCAGGGGAAUUACUCCCGUGUAAGGCUGGACUCACUGCGGAAUGUUACAUCUCUGACGAUCUGCAAUACCAAAGAGUGCGACUUUCUCGGGACACAGACCGCGCGUCGGGGGAUGAAGGUCUCGUUGCCGAAUCUCGAAACGGUCGACAUACUCCAGGUUACGGGGGGAAUAGCCAAACUCGCCGUGCCCAAGAUCUCGUCGGGGGUGAUUCGCGUCGAAUCCGACAAGACGCCCGCCGAUUUCGACUUUGCUCAGGUGACGAGUGUACCGGAUGGCUCCUCUCUCAACAUACAAGGCCAUAUCACGAGGCUCUCGCUGCCUCGCCUCGAAAGUAUUUUAGGAAAUUUCGACGUAAAAACGAGCCACCCUCUGGAGGUAAACCUCCCUGUCCUCACCGAGAGCCAAGGUCUCUACCUCAACGGAUCAAUCAAAAGCGUCUCCCUUCCCGCACUCGAGGUCCCCCCUAGAAUUAGGGUCCAUUCUGAUCUUGAUCUCAACUGCGGCAAGCUGAGGGACGAGGUCAUCGACAAAACCGGCGAGCCUGCGCAGGAGUGGGAUAUCUUAUGCAAAUCGACGUAUAAGCCAUGGUUGAAUACGAAGAGGAAGGUGAUUAUUGGGGUUGUGGUGGGGGUGGGCGGACUGGCUGUUCUUGUGGCCGCUUGGUUCUUCUGGAAGAAACGGGCGUCGAAGAGGAAGAAGAUUGAUGGGAUGGUGGAUGAGUUGACGACGUGGAGGCAGAGUCAGGAUAAUCCGCCUCCGCCGUAUACCCGGAAUACUUAG